AUGGGCGGGGAGGAAGCGGCGAUCGUGGCUGGCGCCGACCCCUUUGGGGCAGCGCUCAAGGAUCACGUGGUGGAGUAUCUGCGCGGCAAGGGCAUCGCGGUGGAAGAUCGCGGCGUGGGCGACAAGUACUACCAGGUGGGCGAAGAAAUUGGGCAGCGAGUGGCCGAGAACAAGGCGGCGGCGCUCAAGGGCUUGAUCGUGUGUGGCACCGGCAUCGGCGUGAGCGUCUUCGCCAACAAGUCCCGCGGGAUCUACGCCACGCCCUGCUCGUCCGUGGCUGACGCCCAGAACGCCCGAUCGAUCAACAACUCGAACGUAAUCACGCUAGGCGCCGUCGCCACUCCCCCGGCGGAGGCCGAGAAGAUCGUCGACGCGUGGCUGGCGACGCCAUUCAAGUCCCCCUGCCCCGCCAACCAGGGGAAUCCAUGGCCGGAGGAGAUCCACGCCUUCCUGGACAAGUCCCUGCCCGAGAUGGAAGCAAUCGGCGGCGCCGCCAGUGCGAAGAUUCCUAAUUCCAGCGGCGCCGCCGGUUCCGAUUGCGCCAUCUGCGAGCUCGCCAGCGCCAGGAGCUUCGAUCCGGUGGACAUCAUGCCCGGGGGCUCGUGGAAGAUCCUGCGCCAGGAGCCGACGAGCGCGGUGGUGCGAUUCAAGGCCGGGAGCCUGGAGCCGGCGCACCACCACACUUUUGGGCACGACGUGAUCGUCCUCGAGGGGCGUAAGCGCGUGUGGAACGUGACCAAGGGCGAGGUAUUCGAUCUGGGGACUGGGGAUUUCCUCUACACGCCCGCGGGGGACGUCCACCGCGUCCAGUACGUGACAGACACCGAGUUCUUCAUCCGCUGGGACGGUCUGUGGGACAUCCUCCUGGAUGAGGACCUCGCCGCCGCUAGCGCCGCCGUGAAGAAGGACAACUGAUCGCACUGAAGAUCCAGCAUUGUGUUGCGCGAUAUCACUUGGGUGAGAGUGUGAGAAGUUCGAUUGGAUUUGCUAGAGAAGAAGUUGUUAGCGCCGCCGUGAAGAAGGACAACUGAUCGCACUGAAGAUCCAGCAUUGUGUUGCGCAAUAUCACUUGGGCGAGAGUGAGAAGCUCGAUUGGAUUUGCUAGAGAAGAAGUUGUAUAUCUACUGUGUUCGAUUUUAUUUUGGUCAAACAAGUCAACUCUCAAAUA